AUGGAUAAAUAUUCUCCUACUAUCCUUUUAAACACUGAAACUGAACCUGAUGGAAUUUAUACGUAUAAAGAAGACCACGUUAUAAUUAGUUAUUAUCAUUUAUAUAAUGAAAGAAAAACUGGCUCAAUUUGCUCUUAUAAAGUAAAUAGAGAAACAAAUCAAUUAGAAUUAUUAACCAACAACAGAACUCCUGCAAUACAUAAUUUAGGAACAGUAGUUGUUGGUGAUACAAAGUUUAUUACUGCAUGUACAGCAAAUGCAAAAGUAUUAUUUUUUACUCCAAAUGAUGAAUUGAAAGAAGUAAAUUGUGCAAUAAUACCAGAAGAAUGUGAAGUAUUAUCAACUUCUGUUGGUGGUGAGACAUUAGUUGCAUCAAGAAAUGAUGGUUAUAUAUCGUAUUGGAGAUUAUUUAGAAAUGGUAGAUGGAAACCAGUUAAAGAAGUAAAGUGUCAUGACGCCGAAGUAUGGAGUGUUGCCAUGAAUAUUGAUGGAAAAACAUUACUUUCAGGAAGUGAUGAUACAUAUUGUAAGGCAUGGGUAGAUGAUGAUAUGAUAUUUAAAAUUCGAUUUGAUGCAGGGGUAACUGAUUUAAUUUGGAGAAAUCAAACAAAUUUCUUAGCUGGAAGUUAUGAUGGUUCUGUAAAAGAAUUUGAUAUUAGAAAUUGGAAAAAGCCUUUAUGGGAAGGUCAUAUUGAUGGUGGGGCAGGAUGGAGAAUGAGCGACCAAGGAAAUAGAAUUAUUGUUGCUGGUGCUUGUGGAGGUGUUGCUGAAUUUUGUCAAACUUCAAAUGGGCUUUUUGAAAAAACAUUUCAAAAAUAUGAGCCACACGACAGUAUGGUAUAUGGAGCUGAUGCCCUUGGAAAUGAUAUUCUUGCAUGUAGUUUUUAUGACAAAAAAGUUGUUUUAUGGAGGAGAAAUGAUAAUUAA